CUUGGGCGGGCGUUUUGUUUCGGCAGAUAUGAUACGACUUUUUUCUGAAGAUUCAGCUAAUAUCCGUUACACGUCAAUGUAGUCUGACGGAAAUUGUAUUUGAUGAUGCCCUGAAGCGGGCUAAGGAGUUGGAUGCCUACUUCACCGAACACGGGAAGACCGUUGGGCCCUUGCAUGGCGUGCCAGUCACACUCAAGGACCAGUUCAAUGUCAAAGGAUAUGAUACAACUCUCGGCUACGUUGGCCGGUCCUUCAAACCUGCUGCAGACGAUGCCGUUGUCGUCAAGAUGCUUCAAUCUCUGGGCGCCGUUGUCAUUGCUAAAACGAAUCUGCCACAGAGCAUCAUGUGGUGUGAGACGGACAACCCUCUUUGGGGCCUGACUACCAACCCCAGGAGCAAGGAUUUUACCCCGGGUGGGUCAACCGGCGGUGAGGCGGCCCUGCUUGCUUCUGGUGCAAGUAUGCUCGGUUGGGGGACUGAUAUUGGAGGAAGCAUUCGUAUUCCGUCUCACAUGAUGGGAACGUACGGCUUCAAGCCUAGCAGCGGACGACUACCCUAUCUCGGGGUUCCGGUAUCAACCGAAGGGCAAGAACAUGUGCCUUCGUCAAUAGGCCCCAUGGCCCGCAGUCUGUCCACAAUCCGCCUCGCCAUGGAACAGUUGAUCAGCGCCAAGCCCUGGGAGCUAGACGCUCGCUGCGCACCGGUUCCGUGGCGAGAGGACUUAUAUAAGGAGACUAGCUCUAGGCCUUUGACUAUUGGAGUCCUCUAUGAUGACAAUGUUGUCCAACCCCAUCCGCCAUUGACGCGGGUUCUCCGUUCUGCUGUAGAGCGCCUGCAAGCAGCGGGCCACGAGGUCUUGGAAUGGAAUGCAAGCUUGCACGAAGACUGCAUCAGAACGAUGGACCUUUUUUACACGGUUGACGGCGGCGAAGAUAUUCGGAAAGACGUCUUGGCUGGUGGAGAGCCCUUCAUCCCCCACGUCGAGAAGCUUCUCAACCGCGGAAAGCCAAUUUCAGUGUACGACUACUGGCAGCUUAACAGGCGGAAGUGGGAGUUGCAGCAAGCAUACCUAGAAAAGUGGCAAUCCAUCCGGUCGCCCAAGACUGGUCGCAUGGUUGAUAUCCUCCUGCUGCCACCUAUGCCUCACUCAGCUGUGCCGCAUGGGGGUUGUCGAUGGGUGGGAUACACCAAGGUGUGGAAUUUCCUCGAUUACCCUGCCCUCGUCAUUCCCGGAGGCCAGGUGAGCCGAGAAGACAUUGAUCAGCCGUGGGCGGAGGAAGCUAGGGGAGUUGAAAACGAGUGGAACAGGAAGUUGUGGGAGGAUAACAAGGAGACAAUGGCUUCUCUUAGUUUGCCUGUGGGACUUCAGAUUGUUGGUCGUAAACUGGAGGAGGAGAUGGUGCUUGCAGCUGGGAAGAUCAUCGACGACAUCCUCAGGGAUAAGAGCUAG